GGAACGGUCAGACGGGCACUACGAUCGGAGGCUGUUUAAAAUUCAUCCAUCGUUUCUAUUAAAUUCAAGGACCUCGAAAAACGACACGUGCGGCUUUCUCACGAUCAUUUGAACAUUUUUGCCUGUAUAGCUUUUUACGCGAAUCAAACACUUUUAUAAAUGCAACAAAGGACAGGACACUAAAUAACCAAAAGAGUAUUUCACACGUUCGUGUAGGCUAUUCCGUCCUUUUUCAUUGGUUCAAAAUACUUCCCUCUUAUUUAGGAGGAAGUAACGCAGCUACAUUUGCUCUUGAUUUGUUUUACUGUUUCCAUUUCUUCAUCUUUGAAAACGAAGUUUUGUACAAAUAAGGACCAUUGGAGGAAAAGUGGUAAAAAUAUAAAAACCGAAAAUGACGGGUAAAUCUGUGAAAGACAUCGACAGAUAUCAGACUGUGCUCACCUCUCUCCUUUCGCAGGAGGAAAAUAAAUUCUGCGCUGACUGUAAAGCCAAAGGUCCCCGAUGGGCUUCCUGGAAUCUGGGAAUAUUCAUCUGCAUCCGCUGUGCAGGAAUCCACCGGAAUCUGGGUGUGCACAUCUCCCGGGUCAAGUCUGUCAACCUGGACCAGUGGACCCACGAGCAGAUCCAGUGUGUCCAGGAGAUGGGGAAUGGCAAGGCCCGUCGCCUAUAUGAAGCCUUCCUCCCAGAGUGCUUCCAGCGGCCAGAAACAGACCAAGCUGCAGAGGCCUUCAUCAGGGACAAGUAUGAGAAGAAGAAGUACAUUGACAAGUGCAUCAACAUCCAGACCUUCAGGAAAGAGAAGAGCAGUGAUUCUGUUGCCAAAGAGGCACCUGUUGUAUUUGAGAAAAUGAAACCGAAGAGGGAGGAGUUGCAGCAGAUCAGGAUCACCCCAAAGAAACCAAGUCUACCAGUCACUGACCUCUUAGGACUAGAUACCCCUGCUCCAGUGGCUGCUGUUCCUAAUGGGAGACCCAGCCCGGCCGUGUCCCACUCAAUGGACCUGUUCGGCUCCAUGGCCACGCCCGCCUCCAACUCCGCCAACAGCACGCCUGCUUCCGGGUCCAUGCCCACAGGCCGGGGGGCCAGCUCGGUACCAGAGAACCUCAGCCUGUUCCUGGACCCACCGACCAAGACCGAGGAGAGCGGGAAGCUGUCAAAGGACUCCAUCCUGUCGCUUUACAGCACAGUAACGCCACAGGCCCACAACAUGGCCGCACACGGUGGCAUGUACAUGACCCCGGCUCAGAUGGGCUACGCUCCGACAGGGUAUGGCGGUUACCCGGCCCAGGCGGUGCAGGGGGGCAUGAUGGGAGGCAUGCUGGGACACCAGGUCGUGGCCCCGCAGCAGGGCGUACCCACCUCCUCGGCCUACAUGCCCGGAGCGCAGGCAGGGAUGAUGGGGGUGCAGAACGGCAUGAUGGGAGGGAUGGCGGCCCUACCUCAGCAGAUGUACGGACUGCAGCAGACCCAGCAGUUACAGUGGAACAUCGCCCAGAUGACUCAGCACAUGGCUGGCGUGAACUUCUAUGGUGCAAACAGCAUGAUGGGAUACAGUCAGCCCAUGGGCGGAGCUGCAGCACCAGGCUCCGGUCACAUUGUGGGGUCACAUGUGUGGAAAUGAUCCUGCACCUGUGGAUUCAGGGGGGGGGGAGGAGAUGGGCAGGGUAUGGGAAGGGCAACUGCCAUCGAAAACAUCAGCCAUUUUAAAGACUGGAGAGACGAGGUGGAAGGUUUCCCCCACCUCCCUCUCUCUGUCUUCUUCACAGCCAUUUUCCGGUUCUCCAUGCUUGCCUUCAGACAUCGUGUGACCUCACAGGGGUCAGAGGUCAGAGGUCUGCUGUGCUUCAACCUGUUCCUGGUCGCACCACGGCCAGGACACAGUCCCAGCACCCCAUGCUUCUCCUUUUUUUAAAAAGCAACAACAAUCAUUGGUUUCCUGCAACUCACAGCUAUUCAAAUAGUUGAUUUCAUGAUUAUCACUCUUGUCUUGUAAUGUUUUCAAACUCAGACUAGUUCGAGACAAAAAGCAGGAUUACAGUGAUAAAAUGCAGUAAAUAAUGCACUUGGUGGGUGGGUGAGGACUUGGUAAGACCUCUGACCUCAUGACAGAGAGUAGAGACAGGCCUGUUUUGCACUGUUCCUGCUUUGGGCCAAAUCCUCUCUGUGUGUCAAAUGUGAUUCCUCAUGAAAUAUUAUGUUGUGUGUGAAAGUCCGUCCAGGAAUGUUAGUCUCGUUGGGCGUCUCUGGUGAAACUAUUCCGCAUUAUUAAUAGAAUUUUGGGUUCAUAAACGUCUCUGUUUGAAAUGUAUCUUGCUUCAAGGAGACAAACUGGUCAAGAGGGAAAUAUGGAAGAAUCUCUGUGAUGCUAUACCAUGGUUCCUGCUUAGCCAUAAUUUGCAUUAUCUCCUGUUAAAAAAAAAAGUGAGGCUUUCAGAGACCGCAGACUUGUAACUAUACUUCAGGACAGAAUAGGUCCCUGUCAAAAAGAGCAGGCAGUUUACUUUCUUCUCAUAAGACUUUGUUGUAAUUCAGCAUCAGGGAUAGGUUGAACCUUUUCAAUUCAAAUUCAUUUAGAAAAGGAUUGUUUUCGGAAAGACACGGUUUUGAUUAAUAUUAUUUAAAAUGAUUGAUGAUUGGAAGCCAAAGAUGUACAAUAGCUUUACAGCAGCCUUAAAUCUCUGUAAUCAAAGGACUGCUUUCUCAAAUUGAAGGACUGCCAUCUUUAACUGAAAGACUGCUCUUUUAAAUUGAAGGACUCUUGAGUCAUUCUUGUGCUACUGAAUAGCCACUGCAUGCUGAAGGCCUCUAUAGUACCAGGGGACUUGCAACAACAUAGCUGUUUGUAAUUUAGAGCUUCGAGUCCUUUCCCCUUAUUGCAGGUCAUCCUGUAAUAUUUUGCUAUUGCCGCUUUACACUUGGAUUCAUAGUCGGUGCAGCCGCAACAGUCAAACCUCACACCAAAUUUCUCAACCUGUCACUGUGACAGACGUAGGCGUAUAUAAGCGUCCGUUAGUCAGAUAUUAAAGAAAAUAAGUCCCGGAAGAUACUGCGGUAUGCUUCAAUGUUUGCUAGUAGAGGAGAAAAUGGCUUCAUUACCGCCAGAGUAGUAGCUGCUCGAGGCCAAGCUCUGCUGAGGGGACGUGAAAGGAGACCGGCGAGGUGGAGAUGGAGGUGGCCAUGGAUAGUGCUCCUCCGCUCUCUGUGGAUGAAGAGAUGGAGCGCUAAGAUGGAGUGAUGGGGAGGCUUAUUAGCUCAAUGCUGGGGACAGUUAAACAAUUAGCAGUUAGCAUGCUUAUCAAGUGCGCUAAUUUGCUACUACUAUUAACUGCUUUUUAUCAAUUGUAAGAAAGAGAUUGGAGUAAUUUACAUCAUUUGUAAUGGGAGAGAAUCCCGCAUAUCCGUAUUGACUUUACACCACAUAAUUCUGGCAGUAAAAGGGAAAUGGGCUGUUGAUGAAUUAAGCAAUUAUACAAAUUAUGGGAGUAAUUAAAGAGAAGCUUUUGAUUUUACCCUCCAAUUUGUUGAGCUCUCAAGUCUCCACUGAGAUGCGGGGAGAACCUGAGGAAGGAGAACUUUUCUCUGGGCAUUCCCCCUCUGACUGUAGAGUUGUGAUUGUCUUCGUGUUGUAGAGAUGGAUUUAAUUAAGGGUAAAGGGGCCAAUGCACUUUACACUAUGAAUGUUGACUUCUGCAUAUACCUGCUGCCUCCUUUGACUUGUUUGCACAGAAGGACCCAACACUCUGCGUAGUACUUUCUAAACCAGUGGUCUCCAACCCUGGUCCUGGAGAGAUACUGGAUCUGCUGGUUUUUGUUUUCACCUUAAAAUCCCAGGUAACCAGGUGAGGUGGGUGAACAGUAAUCAACUGAUGUAAUUGAUUAAUUAAGUGCAGGGUUACAACAAAAACCAGUAGACCCUGCAGCUCUCCAGGAUCAGGGUUGGAGACCACUGCUCUAAGUGUUUGAGCCUGUACUAAUCAACACCUGAAUGCUCUGUGUCCGUUUGUAUGCUCUGUGUCCGUGUGUCCGUCCCCAUGUGUGUGCUUGCAUGCGUGUGUGUGUUUGUUUGAGGGUAUGUGUACGUGUGAACAAAAUGCCUGUUAAGAGUGCAUUUGUCUUUUUUGCUCUUCCUGCAGUGGUCACACUGUUAUCAGGUGAGACCAUGGGGACACUUAAGAGUUUCCAUGGAGAAACAAGAAUUGAGGCUUAGCCACUCCCUGAUGCAAAAACAAAAAAAAAAAAGAGAAAAGCAUUAGAACUUUGCCCUGGUUCUUGGUUUUUCUGUGUGUGUGCGCAGGUCCUGAAACCACUGCAGACUUACUGUGAAAAACUCUGACGCCAUGUUUGUCAGAGAUGAAGCACCCCAGGGUCCCCACUGCGCAGAAACUAACAUAGAAAGGGCUCUUGGGGAUCUCGCUUCUGUACACACGCACACACAAACCAUGAAAGACUGAAUCGGUGAAUGUAUGUAACAAGCCAUCGCGCUACACUGUUUUGCACUUUCUCUGUAAUUUGGAUUGUUGUGUUUAACUCAGGCAGUUACAUUUUAUUCUGGCUUCUGUUGUCACAAGUGUAUCAUUCCUGAUAAGCUCUGGGUUUGGAGGGCGCCGUUCUAUAAUCAUGUACAGUGCACUAGUAUAAGACUUUUCAGAAUGGGACAGUUCUCUAUGAACAGUCCAUCUUAACAACAGUUAUGGUAUGAUCACACCCCUUCUGUAAUUGUUCUCAAGGCUUUCAGUUUCAAUUCUCUUUUUCUUAAAGACUUGUUUAUUAUUAUUAUUAUUGCUGUUAUUAUUCUUAUUGCUUCAGAUAUUAAAAGCAAUGCAUGAAGGUAAUUGUGUAAAUAGUUUUGAUAAUUUGCAGAAUGGUUUUGUCAUAACCAGCCUUCAAAUGUAGGCGCACUUUACUGAUGUGAAUGUGUAAAAAUGUGAUGUGAUUUAGCCAAGGAGGUAUCCCACAGUGUUGUCGGUGUGUGUGUGAUGGAGAGUGAGUGAGUGAACGAGAGAGAGAGAGAGAGAGAGAGAGAGAGAGCGCGCAGCACCACUUCAUGCUUGGAGAAGGGGAAACUGGGAGGGGUUUAUUAGUGAUGUCACCCUGGCCCCUGCAGCUCUACUGCUGCUGUGCACUGACCAUCUAAAACAAGCUGUUGCCAUAACACCGCUGUGAUGUCAUGGAAACGUUCUGCUGUGAGUCAGACACAGGGCCCUGGGGGCACUCAUAGCAGUUUGACUUCUGCCAUCCUGCAGGUCUGUCUGUCAACUAGGCUCACUGGUAAAUGGUAAAUGGUAGGCAUUUAUAUAGCACCUUUAUCCAAAGCGCUGGACAAUUGAUGCUUCUCAUUCACCCAUUCACACACCAACAGUGAUUGGCUGCCAUGCAAGGCACCAACCUGGUAGCACUGGCUCAUUUACAGAAAUGGUCCUUGUGGCCUAUUGGCCAAAUUACGGAUCAAUUCAAGUUGAGGGCCACAGGUGACCAUAGGAAGCCUGGGAAAUGUAUUCUCCCUGAUAAUGAUUGUGGGUGAGAUCGGCUAAGAAAGCGUAAUGUGUAGGCCAUCUUUAAGGUUUCGGAAAGCACCUGGAAUCAAUAGUGAGCCACCAUUAGUCUGUACACAUGGUCACCCUCGUCAGGGUCCUAUUGAAAGCCAUUGGUUGUAAGGUUAACCGCUUUAAAAAGCGAAGAGAAAAUACUUGGAAGAACAACACCCUCUUGUGGUUCAUUGGUGCUAUUGUGCGUUAUCAGCCCUGUUGUUGCUUACUGCUUGUGCUUCAAGGAAAGAUGAGGUAUGCUUGAAAUUUAGAUUCCAUUUUCUGCUCCUUUUUUUUCUUUGUGAAUUAUCAGCACAAAAAAUGAAUGUAACUUUUUUUUUUUUUUUUGGUUUUUCAUGCUAAUGCUAUAAUUAACUUGGAUUUUUCAUUUUCAGUGGCAUUGGGUUUAUAUGUUUUUGGGCUUGUGUUUAUUAAUUAUUUAUCUGUGGACUUGCAAUGUGUAUUAAUUAUAUGCUUUGGUAUUUUUGCCUCCUUUUUCUUUUAUAUAUUCUAUAUUGUUUUAUCAAUAUGUAAAAAGGCUUGUCAAUGUGGGGUAACAAAAAAAUAAAUGAUAGUUUUAUUGAUA